UAAUUUAAAAAAUUCGAGUAAAUUGCAACUUCCUCUGCAUCUUCCCCAUCGAAACCCUAGCGCCCACAAUCCGUGUUGCAAGCCGUAGCCUUCCCUAUUCUCCGUCUCUCCUGCCCAAUGGUUCAGCCGACAAAUCCAUCCAAAUUGCGAUGGGGGGAGCUAGAUGACGAUGAUGGGGAUCUCGAUUUUCUUCUUCCUCCCAAGCAAGUUAUUGGGCCGGACGAAAAUGGGUUGAAGAAAACUAUUGAGUAUCAGUUUAACGAAGAUGGAAACAAGGUCAAAAUCACGACGACCUCUCGAACGCGCAAGCUUGCUAAUGCUCGUCUGAGUAAACAUGCCAUAGAGCGCCGAUCUUGGGCCAAGUUCGGCGAUGCUGUUCAUGAAGACGUCGGAAGUAGGCUCACUAUGGUCUCGACCGAGGAGAUUCUUCUCGAGCGUCCUCGUGCUCCUGGUAGCAAACCAGAGGAGCCAAAGGUUGCUGGGGACCCACUAGCUCAACUUGGGAAAGGUGGAGCUGUUCUUAUGGUCUGCCGAACCUGUGGUAAAAAGGGUGACCACUGGACCUCAAGGUGCCCUUACAAAGACCUGGCAUCACAAGCUGAUGGAUUGGAUAAGACUGUUGCACCAGAGGCUACAACUGCCGCUCCUGGUGCAACAAAGGGAGCGUAUGUACCUCCAGGUAUGAGAGCAGGGGCAGAGAGGACUGGAACUGACAUGAGACGUAGAAAUGAUGAGAACUCUGUUCGUGUGACCAACCUUUCGGAGGAUACUAGAGAGCCUGACUUACUUGAGCUUUUCCGACCUUUUGGUGCUGUUAGCCGAGUUUAUGUCGCUGUUGAUCAAAAGACUGGCAUGAGCAGAGGAUUUGGUUUUGUAAACUUUGUGAACCGUGAGGAUGCACAAAGAGCAAUUAACAAACUCAAUGGAUAUGGUUAUGAUAAUCUCAUCCUUAGAGUUGAGUGGGCUACUCCAAGGGCGACUUAAAGGUAUGAUUUCUCUCUCAAACUCUCUUGUGAUUUGCAUACUCUUGUAGCUGGAUUUUUCUCUCCAACAUUUUGUUAAUGUUUUCUUUAGAUUACUUGAGUCCAGAAAAUGAUUGAAUCAGUGUUUUGCACCGGUAAUUUACAUGUAGUGGAUUUAAUUCAAUGACUCUGUGAGUUUACUUAUUUGACUGUUUGAAGCUGGGAGAAAUAGCAAUGUUUUUACGUUUUCAUAGCGUGUUAACAGUACAGAAAUGAAAAUAUGUAAAUGUAAAGGGAAAACCGUUGCUAUUCAUUAAGCUUUAUACGUUA